GUCCCUGGCGUGGGCGAAAGCCUCACAUUAGGCCUUGGGUCUCUGGCGUACAAGGAAAUAAACUUCGUCAGUUCCAAUGUAUGAUUAAUUUGUUUCUCUCUCUACUUUCGUGAUCACUGUUUUCCCGAAGAACCUUCGUGUUUAUACUGACGAUAAAGAAAAUAAAAGCUGGAUAAAGUCACUAAAGGACAACGCCUUGACGUGGUGUGUGUGGUUUUAGCCUAAAACUGUAUGACAGUCAUGGAGGGACUUCUCUGGUUCAUACCUUGUUCUAAUCAAAUGUGUUGGAAGAGACUCUCCAUGAAUAUAUGUCUAUCAUAAUCCAAAACAGGAAAGAGCCGUCAAAUGGAGUAUCGUUAUAUCUGGAUGAAGUGACGUCAUCCAAUAUGCCUGCAUCUACUGCAGUCUUAUCCAAAAUGCCCACAUCACCAACAGGGGCUUAUUCAAUAUCGCUGUGCUCAUAAGAGGCCGCCAUCUUACGAACGUCAGGGUCAAAGCUUUCAAAACUGGUGAAAAUAACAUAGGUCUUCAACAGUUGUUCUUCAUCUGUCGGUCAACAUCAGAUACGAUUUGGAGCCAUAUGACUUACUGAUGGAAAAGAUAAUGAUCACCAUUAGGAAGUAUCUUUGCUUGACAUCUUGUUAAGAGGAAGAAAAGGCUUGAGGAGCUAUACGGAUUACUUCUAGAUAAUACCAAUCAAUAGAGUUGCCAUUUCUCUACAUUAAAUAACAACCACAGGAUUUAGCGAAGGAACAUCUAGGAAGCAGUCUUUGCUCUGUAAAAGAACAUUUGAUCAAAGGGGACGUACAAGCCGUAAAAGAAGGCUUGAAAUAAUACUUUUAAACGCUACCAAGUGGCCGUUCUGAGAUCUUCCAAAUUUCAUGGACUGUUCUGGUAGAUAUUUCCCUUGAGAAACCUCCAGAGCCAGAAAUCUGCUAGUGAACCUCGCCUGCCAUUUCUGUCUGAAAUUAUCAGUAAAAGUGCCUGAUAGAAAUGUUUUAACUGGACAACAGAUAUGGGAGUCGUCUCAUUUUAUUAGAAGGCGUCCAAUCUUUGGCUUGAACAUUUUUUCUAUCAUGAAUAGCAAGAAGAAUACAAAAAUAUAUAUUUCGAUCAUAGUUCUCCCAUAGUUAUUGUUGGUGUUUUAUAAUUUAGAAGCACUAAUAUGUUUUAUUCGUAUUUUUAAAUAUUAAUUAUUUUAUGUUAGCAGCAACAUCAAUAUUCUGCAGUCUGCUUUCUUAGAAUAUUUUCUCUUCUCCAUCUCAAUUCGGCUGAUUAGCGAGAAAUCUAUGUUUAUUUGAUUAAUGCAAUUAAACCAAUAUUGCAUUCUUUAUCAACAGUAUGAAUUACAAUUUUAAUAUAGCUACUACUAUGUCGACAGUUUUAAACAUUACACAUGAAACUAAUAUAUCAAAUGAAACAGCCCCGUCUAUUUACAUACCAAACCCUUCGGAAAUCCAGUCUUUGCUCAACAUUACUCGAGAUGUCCCCUUUAAAUACGCGAUGCCCUUGUUUGGUUAUAUUAUGCCAUUCUUACUUUUGGUAACAAUUGUAGCCAACACACUUAUUGUGGUAGUUUUGGCACAACGGCAUAUGCGCACCCCAACUAACUUGGUCCUUCUGGCUAUGGCAAUUUCAGAUUUAUUAACACUGUUGUUCCCGGCACCAUGGUAUUUUUACAUGUACACUCUUGGUAACUAUAGCAAGGUACUCUUUCCAAUCCCUGCUUGCUAUUCUUAUCAUUACAUGUAUGAAGUGAUCCCUGCAUUUUUCCACACCGCUUCUAUUUGGCUCACAUUGGUCCUUGCUGUUCAACGUUACAUUUACGUUUGUCACCCGACAGUUGCCAGCACGUGGUGCACUGUUCCACGUGUUAUUAGGGGUAUGUUGUUAGUUUACCUCGUCGCGUUCUUCCACCAGUCUACCAGGAUUUUUGACCGCGUCUUUCAGCCAGUACAGUACAAAUGGAAUAACUCAGUUCAUUCUGGUUGUAUGUAUCACACAGCAAAUUGGGUGAGAAAUGUUAUUAAUGAAAAUAUCUAUUUUACUUACUACUAUGUUUUCCGUAUACUAUUCGUCCAUAUUGGUCCUUGUACUGCUUUAGUUGUGCUGAAUGUACUGCUUUUUAGAGCUCUCAAGGAAGCUCAACGGAAACGAAACAUGCUAUUCAAUGAAAACCGCAAGAGCGAGUGUAAGAAACUGCGAGACAGUAAUUGUACCACACUCAUGCUGAUCGUUGUUGUGACAGUAUUCCUUGCUGUGGAAAUCCCCUUGGCGGUCACCACCCUGCUCCACGUCAUGCAGAAUGCUCUUGAACUCCAGGUCGCUGACUACAAUGAUUUGAAUGCCACCAUUUUGUUCACAAAUUUCUUUAUUAUGCUCAGUUACCCUUUUAAUUUUGCAAUUUAUUGCGGUAUGAGUCGACAGUUUAGAGAGACUUUUAAGGACUUGUUCAUGAUGGGUAGUCUUGUUAGCAGACGUGAAGGCUCUUCCAGAUACAGUCUCGUUAAUGGACCACAGAGAACGUCAGCUCAUGAAACUGUUUUAUAAACAAAAUCAACUCCUUCUAGAUUUGGCAAAACAUAAAUAAAUAUUAAUAAGUAACAAAUGAUUUUUUUAAAAGUGACUUGAUAGAAUUAUAGUGAAAAGAUUGAAUGACUACAAAAAACAAAGCGCUUAUUUGAAAGUUUUUUUUAGAAAACCGCAACAAGAAACAAAGUUCCACAAACGAUUAUUCUUUCAAAACGAUCUAAUGUACAAGCGUUAGUGGUUUAAAAUAGAUUAAGACAUUAUUCAAAUAUAAACCUUGAAGCUUCAAAUUUCUUGACACAUAAAUAUGGGUUACAUUGUCAUUCGGUGUGUUAUAUGUUGUAUGUAUUGAUAUUAUUCAGAAAUGUAUCGUUUUAAUAAAUGUUCUUCGCUGUUACUCUCGCGAUAGGUGAUGAACUUAUACUAAUAAUAUGGGGCUCAUUAGUGUAAGUUCACCUACCCACGAGGAAAACUAGGAAUAACUCAGUGUAGUGGUUAGAUUACAUUCAUUUUUUAUUAAUUAUACAUAAUUUAUGAAUUGAAUAUUCUCAAUUAAUAAAAUUUUGACGA